AUGUCACCACGUCACGUAAAACUCCAACGGAUGAUACCAACGUUGCCAUACACAAUUGCUAAUCCAUUGCGAGAUCAAGUAUCGACAAAUUUCCGUCAUGAGCUUUUUUAUUUUCAUCAACUCUUACAAGAUGCUAUCAAGACCGAGAACAUCGAUUCACAGCGAUCUGUCAAUCAUUUGAAGAACAGUCGUAUUCUGGACCUUUUGACAAGUGAUCGUGGUGAUGCGAUUCUCAACGAAUUUUUUAUUAGGUGUCAGCGAGCGGGAAAAGAUGAUGGUUUUGUUGUUAGGAACACAGAGGAUGACGGAGCUAUUCUCUGGGAUGUGUUCGAGACAUUAUUUUCACACGUUCCGCUCAUUAUUUCAGAAGUCGAAUUUGGAGUCGCGAGUAGUCCAAAAGCGUUUUGUCGCUAUACCGACUCGCUUAACUCCUUGCGAGACCUACUACUUGUACUACUCUUUAAGCGUCCUUUAGAAGAUAAAAAUGACUUGAUUGAUGGCGAUAGCGAUAACGACAGCACCUGUGGAUUGCAGUCGAGUUUUGGAUUGGGUUUUGGGCUUGAUUUUCAUGAUAGAACGCUUAAUUUAACGCCACGGAAUCCUAAACAAUCUCUAACUUCAUCUAAUUCUAAGCGAAGUAUUCCAAUGUACAUUUAUUGUCAGCAGCUAGAAAGAGAACUUGAAACCUUGCGAAGACAAAAUGUACAAAGUUUAGAUCAUGAUUUGGGUGAUGUUGGACUUAUGGACGACACAACGGUGACGCUGCUGCUUGGCUUUUAUGCGCUUCCUCACAAAGAACGCUUGGCAAUGUUUUGUCAGAUUGCAAGCCAAGCAAAUGAGCAAGACGCGAUUGCUAUCCUACAUAUGUUUCUUGACAAUUGUACUUCGUCAAAUCUGCUUCAAAUUUGGGAAAAUCUCAGACAGUCACCGGACAUUAUGAGAAGGUUUCGCGAAUCGAAAUGCCAGACCGACCCAGAAAAUCUCGAAGCGAUGGAUAUUUCGACGAUGAACACAGAGAGAAAAGGUGUAGCAUCAGAGUAUAAGUCUAUUAAUGAGGGCAAAUUCACUUUCGAUUGGAAAUUACAAGGCGAAGAGAAUAAGCUUGGGCGACCGCCUUCUUCAUCUGAAGAUGUCAGUGACAUCACUGAAGUCUCUGACUUCGAAAUACAUGGCGGCGAUGACUUGAAGGCCAGAUCUGACCAAGAUUUGAAAGGUAUACGCGAACGAGAUCGGCUUUCGAUGUCGAGCGCAAGUGAUCUUCCCUUGGAAACCCAAAGCAAAAAACGCAGUUCAUUCUAUCAAACUGAUCAGCAACAAAGAUCAAGUAAAGCAUCCAUUAAUAGAGAAGACAUUCCACUGCUUGAAGUUCUUCACCAUGAUCUCACUGAGGUUACCAACAUGAAGGUUAAACCUGAUGAGCAUGUCAUGAGAGCAGUUCAGCAAUUACUCGAGAGACUUGACGGUAAAGGAACCCACGAUUCCAAUGAUGAGGACCAUCUUCGUCUCGUGCCAGCAUCUGUGCAAUCACAACACAUUUUGCAGCAGACCACCAUCAAAUCACCACGAGCAUCGAUGAGCACGGCUUUGUCAAAUGAACAGCAGUUUUUAUUGAUGCUUGACCAGCUGAAAUCGCUCCUUCUCGUGCUAACUGAUGUACAUAUUCACAAAAUGAGCACUGAAACCAUUACUGGAGCUUAUCGACGCAUGCAAGUGCUGUCAAAAUUGUUUGCAGUACUUAUGGACAAAAGUUUUGGUGCUGCUGGUGCCGAGCCUAUAAGCGGUUCGACUGUGAAUGAUUUUGAAAAGGCACAAAUUGUCACUGGCUCACCACAUGUAGUGAAUUCAGUGACUUCAGAUUCGCAAUUUGUUACAUCAAAUGAAACGAUGCGUGAAGAUGUGGAAGCCAUGAGUCAACUACUUGUCAAGCUUAGCAAAUUUGUGCGCAGUUUGGCUCCAUUGGUAGACAACAAAGAAUUGGCACCGAGUAGUGUAAGCUCAAGCGAUGAUGUUUUAAUGAUCAUGGAUCUUGCCACAAAACUUGAACAAGCAGGCACCCUCGUAGAUGUGCCUGUCAUUUUGAAUGGAAGCGGUGGAGGAAUACGUCGGCUUUCACUUGCAGCAGACCGCGAAUUACCGGUGCUUUUAGCAGUUCAAUCGCUUGCACGCUCAAGCAAUUUUGAUCUUGUAUCUCAAAAAAUUACCUCAGCUGUGGACGACAAACUUAAAUGUGCGCGACUUGCCGUAACAAAAGAUGAUGACGAGGAAGAAGACGAGUUUGUGGGGAUGGAAGGGGAUGAAGUGAUGAUGAGGAUCGUAUCGAAUGUGCAGUGCACGACCAAAGAGACGCGAACGCAAGAGUGCCAAGACCAGAUAUAUAUACAAAGUGAAGCGAGCUUUAGCGAGAGUGACGAUGCGAUCGCUCAAGCUCUUCGGAUCAAUAAAGGUGAUCUUUCGAGCAAUAACAAGAAUGGUGCGUCGUUGCGUGGUGGCAAACUCUUUAGCGUCGAUAUUCUCCUACGUUUCGUCAACCAGCUAUAUCGUGAUAAUUAUGAAGGCAUGGCAUCGAUGCAGCAAUAUGGACAUCGACGGAUGGAGUUUGGCGAGUUUGUUUAUUAUUGGCACAUUCGAAAAUACGGCCUUAAGGCACUUGCUCAGCGCCAUCUCUUAAAGCUCAUUCAGUCGCUACGAAAACACGAGAAAAAGGUUUUCCAGUGUCAAUUAUGCUUACGCUUUUUGGGUGCUCAAAUAUCCUUUUCAUAUUCUAUUGUACAUUUGAAUCGAUUUCCUGUUACGAUAUGCCGUUUUCACGAGCUCAAAUUUGUUUUAGGAUUACUCAGUCGUUGGUCACUUGGAACGUUUUCCGGUACUUCCAAACAUCGCGUAGAGUUAUCAAAGCGUCAAUUCAAGAUUCGCAUCUCAUCUGCGAUAUUAAGUGUUCAAGAAGCACUUCGUGAACGGUUUGGAAUAUAUUCUCGUAGAUUGGAUGCUCUCGCAGAACGCAUUCGAGCCAAGGCAUGUUCGGACGACGGUGAGUUCAUUCGUGAAAGUGACUUGCUCACACUUUGUAUUGAAGAAUUUGAGUCUCAACGAGCUUUAAUCGAGAAGGUGCUUGGUGCUGUGUAUCAAGCCGGGGAUGUUAAUGGCGAUGGAAGUCUCGAGUUCGAUGAGUUUGCUUCAGUGGUGACUCAUUUGUCUCCUACAGUGGAUGAUCGAUUUAUACAGAAAAUUUUUGAGGCAGCACACGACGUCACAAAACCGCCUCGGAUCUCUUUCACACGAUUUCUUGAUGUUGUUUUAUUGGAGAGAGUGCUUUGUCCAACUUCUUCCAGUGCUGCAUCUACCGGAAUAGUCCGGGCCAAGAAUGCCACUGUAGCAGCUGGUGCCUCUGCUUCUAGUGCCUCUUUGGUAGCCAGUUCGAGUGCUUUAGGUAGCUAUAGGACAGUACAUCAAGAUGAACAAGAGGAGGCGUACCAGCUUGAACUACUAUGUGAAACAUGGACACACGAUCGUGAGGCUGUCACCCAAGUCCUUCAAUCUAGUAUCACCCACUUACCGACAGCAAAGUCGUUAAGCUUCCGUGUUGCGUUUUUGGAUCAAUUACUGGAUCGUCGCGUAGAUGCAAAGACAGCAUGGCUAUGUCAUCGACAGAUUAUGCGUGAGAUCGCUCGCUAUCAACAUUUAGAUGUCGAUCAAAUAGCAGGAUUGCGUCAGAAGGACCAGCAAUUUAAAAAAGCAGUACGCGCCAUUCAGAAUGCUCAACGAAUAAGUGCACUGUUUUCACAUAACUCUACACCCGUUGGAGAUGAAAGUGACGUGGAAGGAGGUGAUACGAACUUAAGCUACUCAGCGGCAGUCCAAUUAUCGUUGGAUACGCAAGAAAUGAGAACACCCGACAAUGCAGACGUGAUAGCUCUAGAGAACGAAUUACGUGAUACAUUUCUCGAAAGAGCCGAUGAAGGAACGAUUGACGACUAUAUGGCGGCUUUGCAACGAUUGCGUCUUGUGUCCGUUAAUCAAGAGUUGGAGUCACAGUCAAAUGAAGAGAUUGUACAGAUAAAUCAAAGCAUCUUACUUGAUCGUCAUGAAAACAGCUAUUCUUUAACUGACGAGUAUGAAAGAUUCGACAAGGACAGAUAA